CAUGUGGAGGCCGCUGCUGGGGAGGCGACCCCCCCUCCGCCCGGUGCCGUCCAACUGAGCCGCAACACGUCGCUCCGUCUCCGUCUUAAAUUCAGCCCGUGAGCCCCGAGCCUGAGUUAUUAUCCGGUGAACCGGGGGGACUUCCACGGGACGGGAAACAUGCGCUCCGUGGCCGGACUGGCUGCCAUCGUGGCGGCGGCCAGCGUCUACCUCUACCUGCUGUCCGCGCACCUUCCCCCGGGACCCACGCAGCCGCAGGAGGGUCAGGACGAGGGGCUCCGGGAGUUCAGGCUGAAGUUCCCGUCGGACCUGGACGAGCUGCGAGAACUCGCAGAGACGCUCAAGUUUUACAAACGAGAGCAUCACAGCUACGUUCUGCUGCUGUUCUGCAGCGCCUACCUGUACAAGCAGUCCUUCGCCAUCCCUGGCUCCUCGUUCCUGAACAUGCUGGCCGGGGCCAUCUUCGGGCCGUGGGAGGGUCUGCUGCUGGCCUGUCUGCUCACCACGUCCGGCUCCACCUUCUGCUUCCUGCUGUCGUCCACGUUUGGGAAGCAGCACGUGGUGAAGCUGUUUCCUGAGAAGGUGGCUCUGCUGCAGAGGAAGGUGGAGGAGAAUCGCAGCAGUUUGUUCUUCUUCCUCCUCUUCCUGCGUUUCUUUCCCAUGACUCCUAACUGGUUCCUUAACAUCACCUGUCCUGUCCUCAACAUCCCCAUGCCCAUUUUCUUCUCCUCUGUCUUCAUCGGUUUGAUUCCCUACAACUUCAUCUGCGUGCGGACGGGCUCCAUCCUCUCCGAGAUCUCCUCCCUGGACGACAUCUUCUCCUGGGGGACGCUGGCUCAGCUCCUGGCCAUCGCCGUCGCCGCCCUCGUCCCCGGAGCUCUGAUCAAACAGUACGGCAAAACGCACCUGAAGGUGGACGGGCUGGAGAGCAACGGGACCGGUCCGGCCGAAGUCAGGCAGGACCGGAAGAGGCGAUGAUGGCGGGGCGAAGGAGGACUCGGUGUCAGAAGAGCCGAGGCGGUGGAGGAACUCUCCACUGGGAGGAAUGUGACCUUUAAUCCACCCCAGGGUCGUGAUGUCUGUAAGGUCACACCGGAGGCUCGUCAUACUCGGCACGAUCCGUCUUCAGAUUCUGUUACACCGGGUUUUAUGCCACAGUUUCCCAAAGAUCUCCUGCUGCUGACACACAGCAGCAGCUUCAGGUCGCUGAGAAGAGCUUCAAAACUCCUUAAACUUACAGGAAGCUGCCUUAAAGUUCCUGAUGUAGUUACAGGAAAUAGUUUACACUCUGAGGAGUUACUGUGAUCAGGAUCCGUUUACAGCAGCUUUGGAAUUAAUCAAAUUCUCCUGAUAUAAUCAGAUCAUUACAAAAAAUAAACAGGCUUCUGAUGUACUCUGUACUCUAAAGAGAUGUAGCAGUAAUAUAAAAAAAAUCAGUUGUUGUCCAGCUGAUCGAUGUUUUGUGAAAUUACAGAAAACGACCAGUAAAAAACCAGUAAAACUGGAGGAAAACAGUCUAAAUUUACACGUUGUGUUCCGACUUUUACAGCAUUUAAGUGUAAAAUUAUGCAAUUUUUAUUGUAUCUAACUCAGCAAAAACCAUCUUUCACUGAUUUUUGCAAAAUGAUGUAAAUGAAGGAUUAAAAAAUAGUAAAUCACACGUAAGGCUGCUGAAACUACAGGAAAUAACUGGUAAAUAAUAAUAAUAAUAGUAAAUUAAUAUCAUAAUAAAAAGAUUAAUUUACAUGCUGACAAUUA